AUGACGUCGAUCGGCUGCCAGCAAGGAAACCGACCGAUCUGCAAUGUCCGCACGAUCCAGGGGUUGGAAAACCGUUUAUUUAAAACGGGAAAGUUCCUCGGCAACCAGUCGUCUAGGCACGGUCCCAGGAGCGGACUGAGCCUGGCCAUGUCCAGUUUCGCGCCAGUUUGCAUAGGACGCGCCAGUUUGCGCGCGCCAGCGCGUCCCGUGCCCAUGCGCGCCGUGGUAACCGUCGCACGCGCCCCCGUCCUCCGGGGGUUGCCGAGCAAAUUAUCCGCAGCAAAUUGGCGCGCCCGUUCCGUUCGCGUGAGACCGGCGGUGUCGACGCAGGAGCCCGUCGACGUCGAGGACGACGCGGACGAGAUGGCCGUGGAUAGCGGCUCAAACGCGAAGGGACCGCUGCGCAAGGGCUCGAAGGUCACCCCGGAGGCUCUUCGCGCGUUCAUCAGGAUGCGCCGAGGCGUCUUCAAGAUCACCUCGUUCGGCUCCCUCUCCGAGAUGCCGGACGUGGGAGGAGCGGUGACGUCGACGCUGCGACGCAUGGUCAUCCAUCAGUGCGAUAUCCUCGAGCGCGCGCUGACGUCGUCCCUCAGCGAGAGGUCCGAGGGCUGGCGCAGCGACGAGCUCGACCCGAGGCACGUCCCCGACGCCUCCGUCGCGCCCGCGCCGGAUGAAACCUUGGACGUCGCGUUCAAGCACAGGCUCCUGCUGCUGCAGGCGAGGAAGGGGUACAGGUGCAACUCCGACUCGCUCGUGCUCGCCGCACACGUCGCCGGGCAGAUUUCGUGGCACGGGGUGGAGACCAAGGCGGGCGGGCUGUUCGGUCGUAAGAAGGUUUUAAAGCCGCCGAGGAUAGCCGACUUGGGCGCCGGCGCGGGAGUCGUGGGCCUGUCGCUCGCGGCGAGGGGCGGGUUCGCCAAGGACGCGCAAGGGCCGAACGUUCUGCUGGUGGAGAGGCAGGUUGGACUCGCGAGGCGGUGCGCGCGGAACGCGGCGCUGAACGGCGUCGGCGAGGGUGUCACCGUGUGCCUCGGGGACGUAUCCGCAGGGUCGUUUGGAACUCAAAGUUCGAACUCAAAGACGGAGGACAUCGUGGAGGACGAGGUAGAGGAGGAGGAGGACGACGAACGACAACACGUCGAGGUGUCGCUCAGCGUGGAUGGCGACGCGGUCGGCGUGGAGCUCGCGGUCAAGUCCGCGUUCAACCACGAGCGGUGGGCGGGCGCGGACGCGAAACCCGGCGACUGGAUGGGUAAGUGCGACGCCGUCGUGUGCAACCCGCCCUACUUCCCGAAGGAGGACAUCAAGAGAGGGACGAAGCCCAUACGCAACGAGAAGCGCCUGGCGCACUACGAGACCACCGCGGGUCUGGACGAGUUCUUCGCCGCCGGAGAGAAGCUGCUGAAGCCCUUGACGGCGGACGUGCAGCCCGGAAAUGAUCCGGCGAUGCACGUCGUUUAUCCCAGCGACCGAGCCGCGGCGGUGUACGCCGCGGCGACUCGCGUGGGCUUGGGUCGGAUCUACGUCCGCGAGGUGUUCCACGACCGCGACGCGACCGAACCCAAGCUCGUGUUGGUGGAUGCGCGCAGGAGUUACGUCAACAACAAGGGCGAGACGGUGAGCGAGGAUGGCGAGCCCAUCGGGGAGUCCAACACCGAGUCUGACGACUUUCUCACCCAGUUCAGGACGACCCCGACCUACGACCUGCGCGUCAUGGACCCCAUCGUCCUGUACGACGAGGUCAACGAGGAAACGGGCGAGACGGACCCGGAGGCGUCGACGUACUCGGAAGAGAUCGAGUGGUUCAUGCGCAGGCUUCCCGCGCCUGGACCGUGA